UUGACAGCACAUUACGAAAACACAAGCGCAUAAAUGUCUCUCCGCGAUAUUUUCUUGAGAAAUGACUUCUACAAAUGACGGAAAAGACGUGAAAAGUAAUCAAACAAGUGGCCAGAAAGCCAAGACUUAUUAUAUUGAACUUUACAAGUCGCUCGAAGCGGGUCUGAGCGGCGAGUGUACAGGCGAGCAACGCACGCGACUGGUGUGCGAGGCGUGGCGCCGCAUAUACAGUUUGUGCCAGCACUCUGCGCCUAAAACGCACCCUCACCUGCUGACAUGGCUCCAGCGUCACACCUCAUAUACUAUAUUACAGGUAUAUACAGAUCACUAUUAUUAUAUUUUUCAGACUGAAUGGCAGUCACCUAAAAGCAAGGAUCAACAUUCGUUGCUUGAAGAAGCUAUCAACGCCUUUAUUGAAGAGUGUCAAGUCACACGAGAUGCUCAAUCGUGGGAGAGUCAGUUACUCCAUAGGGCGAAAUGGUUCAAAACAAUAUUAUCAAACCCAUGGGGUCACCCAGUUCUUAAGGCUUUAUUGGAUUCUAGGGGACCACAGCCAACGAAUGAUGAAGUUCUACGAUGGCUAAGAGAAGAGAGAGAGGUUAUGUUCGUGACGCGGCUUCGUCAACUCGCCGCGUCGAAAUGCGACGACUUAGCUCUCUUGCUUACCUCGGCUGUUAUGACCCGAGCGAGGGACUGUACUACUGUAGUGUCGGAUAUAGACCAAGCAGCGGGCGUUACAGAACCAUCCCAAGCUUCCAAAGGCGAGCCAUCAUUUAUGGAUAUAUUGCGAGAGGAAGCGGGCUUUACAAUAGAUGUUUGGGAGCUGUUAACGGACAUUGAAUUUGUACUCUUGCACAAAGGAGAGUCACGUUCACAGUGCAUUGAACUGGCUAAACAAACUCCACUCCGCAAUGGUCCUCCAUUGGUGGAACGUUUGAAAAGUCGGCUUGAAAUGUCGCCGCAGGACAAGAAACUAUGGAAAAAUGCCAAGGAUGUUGCUACACUUAUUGCACAGGUGGUGAUAGCGCGAUGCAUGGUGGUACCAACAUGCAACGAAGCGGCUAGGGUUGCCCUCUACGGCUGCACUCGCUCCCUUGUAAGGCUGUUACCGGUAGACAAGUUGCCCCCCGCUGCGGCAGCCCUAGCGGCUCCAGCGGCUACGUCCAAACACUUGUAUAUUUUGGCUACUGCAGUACAUGCCGAAGUCAGUGAUGGUACAUCUGGAGUGAAAACUUGCAAAGACGAAAGAAAAUCUUUUGUAUGCGAAUUGUUCGUGCGUGCAAUCACUGCUGGUAUGAAUGAAUUAGAGAGACUCAAACUUAAGACUGAGAAGGAAUCCGAGGCUCGUUCUACAGAGGAAACCCUGUCAACAUGGUUCAUUCAGCUGGGGACGUUGCUAUCUUCAAGUUCUCGUAUGAACUAUGAAUGUGUAUUGACGGCUUUCUCAAUACACCCAUCGUCAUCUAUGUACAAAAGAGUUGAGGCAGCUCCGCUACUUGCUCCUAUACUAAAGGAUACUCAAGAACCAAGAUUCGAAACAAACUCUGAGUUUGGUAGUUGGGCGACAGACAGUCGGACUCAGACAAAUUUGGUUAAAACAUCCGAAACACUCAAUCUAAAACAAACACAGAAACAAGCUAAUGUUCUAUCAACAGCGAUAUUUGCCGAAGGAGAAGCCCUAGGGCUCGGUGCAGAACUCUGCCAGGAUCUUGCCGUUUUAAUUUCUGGCCCACGAGUUAAAACUUUAUCUUGGGAUAUGGACAGGGAAUUACUUCUUGAUAGCUGUCGCAAAUAUAUGGAGCGUAGACACGGAGGGACGCGUGCUCUCACUACCGAACUGAAGUACCUCAACUUGGACCCACGGUCAUUUCAACACUUACCGGAGGAAAUCGACAAUGAAAAUGACGCCUUCUAUGGUAUUGAAAAAGGUUACGAGCAUCUAGUAGAAUUCCAAGAACCAGAAGAAAUAUGGCAAGAUGCGGUAUCAGAUGAUAAUAAAAAAACUGAUAGUGCACACAGUGUAGAAGAGCUACCCAUUGUAAUACCGAGGCGAAAGAAGAAAAGUAAAAGGUUAAAAUACUUCUCAGAUGAAGAAACCGAUCCACUUAGUUUUGGAGAAAAUUCAAAAAGAUCAGAAAAAAAAGAGAGACCACAUAGCAAAGAAAGAAGUAAGGAUAGAAAAGAGAGAAAAGAUAAGCAUAAAAUAAAAGAAGAUCCAGCCAAUGUAACUGAACAAAUUAAAGAACAAGGUCACUUGAUAAACCAAAAAACAGAUGGCAUAAUAUAUACGAAAGAAAAGAAGAAAGAGAGAAAAGAGCGAAAGAAGAAAGAUAAGGCGGUGAAAAAACCGUUGGAAAAAAAGCAACAAAAACCGCCGCAAAGUGGCCCCUUAUCUAGACUUGUCGGCAUGAAAGUUGCAAGAAUAUCUGAUAUAAACAAACAAUUUAAGAAAAGCGAACCAGACACAAAUAGCAAUAAUAACUUAUACACUACUGACAGUGAUUAUGAUAGUCAAGGUAAAUCUUCACUAAAUUCCGAUGCCAAUGACCCUGACGUUCUGUUUGAUGGGUUAUUUUCUAUGGAUGAAAUAAAGUCUCCUGAAAAAUCUAUAGAUAUCAUUCAGAGGUCAAAUUUAAUACCUAAGCUCGAAGAUUUUGGAGCUUCAAAUGGUAUAUUAAAUAAUUCUCUCAGUGUACCUGCUAUGCCCUUUAUUCCAAUUCAAACACAAAACUUUGCUGCACAAACUAACACAAAAAAUGAUGUUAAAGAAGAAGUUAAAAAAAGUAUUAAGAAACUUAUCGAGUUUAGGAGACACAAAAAUUCUAGGGAAGCACUUACAAGGCUAGCUGCUCCAAUACUCAAUCCAAAACUUAUUCCUGCUAGUAAAAUUUCGCUAUCAACAAAUCAGAAUUCAAGUACCACUAAAACUGUCACAGAAAAAGAAACAAAGUUAAAUAUACCUAAAGUUUUCGUAAAUAAAAAGGCAGUUAACCAGUUGAAUGCUUUAAAGGAUGGAGUAGACAUCAUUUUAAGAAAUUGCGGUAAUAAAGGAAAUUUUGUUGAACAUUCAACACUUGGAAGUGAGCCUCAAAAGUUAAACACUGCAACAAAUAAAAUAAACUUAGAAUGCACCAUUGAUAAGGUUAUAAAUAGAGAUUCUCUACAAGAAAGUAGCUCAGUUAGAAAUUACAAACAAUUAGUGAGCAAAGCAAAUGAUCCUUUCGAGCAAAAGAUACCAAAAUCCAGUUGCGUAAACAGUAUUGAAACUCCUAGUCAAAUUCAAUACAAAGAGUUUCUUAAGAACAGACGUUAUGACGUCGUCGAAACGCGUCCUCAAGUGAGCAAUGUAAUUGAUACAUCCAGUCCAAAGCAAUUGCAGUAUGUUAGAGAACCUCCUAAACUAGUCUCUAACUCAAGGCAUAAUUUAAAUAAUGCAAAUGUAACACCUGAAAUUAUUCAGAGAGAUAUCAUAAAACAAUCAACAACUAAAAAGCCUCAAAUAUUGCAAACAAAUUCCGAUAAAGUCAAUGUACUAGAUUCGCCAUUGGAAAAACCUAGGCUAUGCCCUACAAAAGGUAUAAAAAUUAUUCCUGGUCAAAGUACAGCUAAUGUUGAUGUACCCACUCAGAAUCACAUUAAAAGUUUCGUACGAGAUUUAAAGGCAUCGAUAAAUGCUGGAGCUUCUAAAGAGAAAUCUGAAAUAAAAUUAUCUGUCUCUGACAAGGUUUGUAGCCCUAUCCAAGUAAAACAACAGAAGAGAGCAGACAAUGCGCCUAAUACGUUUUCAAGGCUUAGUUAUUUGCACAAAAAUAAACAGAAUGAUGGUAAAAAUAAAGUGAUGGCUGAUCAAAUUAAACUUACAAAUAGCUCUACUGCAAAUAAAUCAAAUUUGGGCUUAAAUAUUGACAAAGUAAGUCAUUUACAGUCUAAAGGUGAAAUAGUCAUAUCGAGAGUUGAUAAAUCAAAAACUAUUUCGAAUGAUAGUACUAAGGUUGUUGUACAAAAGACACAAAACCUCAACUGUUUGUCAAAAGAAAAUCCGCUACGCCUUAAUAUCCAGUACCCAAUAAUAUCAAAAAUGUUGAUUUCCGACACUAAGAGUUUUGACUCAAAAGAACCUAAAGAUAGUGAAAACAGAGCUAUUUUACAUAAUAAUACUGUCACGCCAGUAGAACCUUUAACAAAUUCAACUUAUCCAUCAGAAAGUGAUAAGCGUGAUUUACUAUUGUUAUUAAGGCAACAAUCUAAAAUGAAUCCUCCAAUGAAACAGCACAUAACUGAAAACCCAAAAGUUAUUUUUGAUAACUCUUCAACAAUAAUCACAACUAUAAAAUCGACCUUAAAUUCUAAUAUCAAUGAUAUUCGACCUAAAGAGUCUGUUGUUAAUGAGAUUGUCCCAAAUUUAGGAAAUUCUACAACUCGGUCAGAUAUAUCAGUCAAAGUUCCAAACAACAAAUUGACAUUAUCCGAACAAAAAAAGGUACGGAAUGUAAAAGGGUGCGGCAAAAAUCCAAAGCAGACAGUAAAGAAUAAUGAAACUUCUGAUUGGGAAAGUGUUAUGAAUGCACUUUUGGCGCAUAAAACUCCGAGCAGAGGUCCUAAUGCGCUUGAUAUUGCACUUAAGAAAGAUUCAUUUGAAAUUAGGUCUUCUAAUAAAAUGGAAAAUAAAAAUACUAAAACAAAUCAUAACAGUACUGACACAAGAGCUGCUACAGAUUCUGCAAACUUAAAAAAGUUAACUACACAAUCAAAUUCAUCUGUAGUAAGCAGUGGAAAUACACAUACCAUUCAGCCACAACCGAAACUAAAACAGGAUAAGAAAAUAUGUAUUAAGAACAAAAACAUAGAAUUAGGAAGGAGUAGUCCAUUAGAUUUAAUUGAGAAACGUUUUCCUGGUAUUAUUCAAAAUACUAAAGAUCCAUUCAUAUCAGGUAUACCUAAUUCUGACUAUGAUUUACUAGAAGAAUUAAUGGACGAUGACUUGCGCAAAGAGAUUGGAGAACUUAUGUCAGAUGAAGAAGCUUAUAGUACACUAACUCAAACACCCAAAUCAAAGAAUUUUCAUAAUGACAAACUUGUAAAUUCACUUUUAAUUAAGUACCCAAAUCAAAAGUUGAAUACAAUGACAGACGAAAAGACUGCAACUGCUAAUUCUUGCCAAAAAUUAGACCUUCAAAAUAAAAAUAUAAUUAUAACUCCAAAAUCGACAAUAGAUGUGCCAUUGAACUGUAAUGGACUCAAUAACCAUGUCCUUCAAAUAAAUUGUAAUAAAAAUACACUGAUUAGUAAUAAUGCAAAUAAAAAACCUCAAAGAAUUUCUAAUGAACUAAUAACUUCGCCAAUAAUUAAUCAACCAGGUAAUUUAAAAAUUGACAAUGUCAUUCAACAAUCGAAAACAACUGUUAUACCUGAAAAUACAAUGUCCACAAGUAGUACUCUUCCAAAUGCUUAUAUCAAAGCUAAAAUUGAAGAUUUACCCAUCAAAGAAGUACAAAAGACUAAUACUGACAAUUUGCUUUAUUGCAAAAAUAUUGCCUUAGAUCCAACUAGAGUUAUUCUAACAGUACCUCAAAGAAAUGUAACACCAAAUUUAAUGUUAAUUGGUAACGAAUUAAUUUGCGAUUCUUUUUCUACAGUAAAAGUAGAUCAGUCAAAUGUUAAUACUUAUGUUCCUGUAAAUCGGGCACCAAAUUUAACUAUAUAUCGCACAACUCAGUUUGUCGCCCCUUGUGUGAAUCCUGUUGUUAUUGAACGUUCUACCACUUUGCCCGUUGUUCAAAGGGUGUCGCCAAAUAUGUCAAUAAUUUCAUGUUCUAAUACAAAUGUAAAAACCAUGAAUUCCGAAACUGAAAAGAAAUUAACGUGUGCAAAAUUCCACGAGGAAAAUGAAGUUGAAACCGGAAAUUGUCAGGGAAAUAAACUAAAAAUUGAAGUCCCAAAAUCUAAUAUUGAAAAGUCUGAAAAUAAAAUAGAUAUUUCGAAUACAUUUUCUGGAAUGCUUGAAAAGAAUAAAAGUCACGUAUGUUCAAAUAAUAUCGAAAAAUGUUCAAAAAAUAAUACGUCAAAUAACAACACACUGUUAGAAACUAUACAGAGUAACAAUCACAAUACUAAACUGAGUUCAAAAGAAUCGACACAAAAAACAAUCGAUAUAACAGAAAAUAAUAAAUCGUUGAAACAAGUUGAAAAGAUAGAAAAAGAAAUUGCCCAUGAGCAAGUAAAACAAUCACUUAUAGGUCGUCCUAUACCUGAAAUAAAAUUUUGUCAAGAAAAUAACCAACACUUAAAUAAAAUAUAUGAAAAAGAAGCAAGGGAUAGAUUACAAAAGAAACGAAUGCAAAUAAUAAAUAGACAAAAUAAACAUAAUAUUUAUGAAAAACCCAUAGCUCUUAGUUAUGAAUCACUUAUAUCAAGGAAUAAUGUUCACAAAUCCGAUAAAGGACGAAAUAAAGACAACGUUUUAGAAAGUGUUAUUAAUGAUAACAAAAAAAUAAGCACUGAAUAUAAACAUCACAAUAAAAAUGACAAUGAAAUAUUCAAUAUUGAUAUUAAAAAGAAGACAACUUUAUUGCAAAAAAAUGUGGAUUUAAACAUGUGUGAAAAAUUUUCUCAAAAAUCAUCUGAUACUUCUACCAUCGAUAGUUCCAUCAACGAUAGUUCAGUCAGUGAAAAUAGUAUUGUAUCCCCUUCUCGGCGUAUUUCAUUGCGUUUAUUAAACGAUUCGAUGGCACUGCCUUCUCCCAAACGAAAAUCUGUAGCAAUUAAAUCAAAAAUGAAACCAAAGCAGCGAUCGUUACUGAAGAAACGUCUUCCCAUUCAAAAGCCUGUCAUAGCCAAAGCCUUAAAAAAGAUUUCUGAAAAAUCUAAAGAAACUAAUUCGCCGAAACAGCUUGCAAAGCAAAUAAAACAUAAAAUAAAGAUUAAAAAAAGUAAUGUAAUAAAUGUUGAAACUGAAGUAAGUACUAUAAAAAGUAAUAUGAAAAAUACAGAUUCUGUAAACAGAACUAUUGAGAAACUAAAUUAUACAUGUGUCGAUAUCGAAGAACAAAUAACAUCGGCUAUAAUUCCUAACAUUUUCAUAGAAAAGAAUAAUAUUAAGAAAACACCUGAAAAGAAAUUAAGUUCAACAGAAAAGAACCCUACAUCUUCUAUGGAUAAAGAUGCCAUUGAAUCGAAUCGAAUAGGAAAUGUAGAAUCUAAAACUAAAAUGAUGAAAUCUCUUUAUAAGGAAACAGAAAAAAGUGUUGAGAAAGAAAAACCUGAGAUCAUAAUAGAUGCAAAUAAGACAAAAACAAUCAUUCAAUCUACUAAAAAUAAAUUAAAUACAACGGAGAAUCCUCCUACAUCACCCAUGGAUAAAGAUGCCAUUGAAUCGAAUUUAAAAGAAAAUGUACAAUCUACGACCAAAAUGAUGAAAUCUCUUUACAACGAACAAAACAAAAAUGUUGAGAAAGAAAAACCCGAGAUUUAUAUAAUAGAUGCAAAUAACACAAAAUCAAUCAAUCCAUCAACUGAAAAUAAAUUAAAUACAACGGAGAAUCAUCCUACAUCACUCAUGGCCAAAGAUGCCAAAGAAUCGAGUCUAAAUGGACAUGCCCAAUGUACUACUAAAAUGAUAAAACCUGUUCACAAAGAAAUAAAAAAAAGUUUUAAGAAAGAAAAACAUGAGUCUCAUAUUAUAGAUGCAAAUAAAAACACAAAAACAAUCAAUCAAUCAGUUAAAAAUAAAUUAAAUCCAACGGAGAAGCACCCUACAUCUUCCAUGGAUAAAAAUACCAAAGAAUCGAAUCUGAGAGCACAUGCCAAGUCUACUAAUAUAAUGAAAUCUAUUCACGAGGAAAUAGAAAAAGGUGAUGAGAAAGAAAAACAUGAGAUUAAUAAUAUAUGUGCAAAUAAAAACACAAAAACAAUCUAUCAGUCAACUGUUAGUAAAGAUGUCAUACCAAAUAAGGAAAUAAUAUCAGUGAGUACUCAAGUAAAACCUAUUAAUAAUAUAGUAAGUGAUGAAUCUAGUAAAAGUACAAUUAGUAGAGGCGAUGAACGAACAUCUGAAAUCCCUCAAAUUAUUGAAAAAUGUAACCAAAACUCAGAUAUCCAAAAUGAAUCAAUUGAUGAUAAACUUUUAGAAUGUAAAAGCAAAGUUAUUAUCGAAGAAAUACCAACUAAUAGUACAGACCCAUUUAAAAAAAUUGUUCGUAUUAAACUUCCGAAUGGAAAUACAUUUAAAGCUACUAUAUCUGGCAAGUUAAAUACAAACGUGGAUUCACUGUUUGAGGAUCCAGCGAUAAAAGGUUUAUUAUGGAAAAAUAUAAAAAACAAUACAAAAUGUACAUUAAAUAUAAAACAAGUUGCGAUAAAGACGGCCAAUAAAUCUGAAACUGUUGUGACAAAAGUACAUGACAUAUCAUAUGUCCAUGCUCCUGUGAUAAAUACAGAAACUAUUAACUUAAUAAGUGACGAUGAGGAUAGUACCCAAACCUUUAAAACAGAGUUUGGAAAUUAUGAUAUUGCGUUUAUGAAUCCAGAUUUGUUUCUUAAACAUCAAAAAAGAUUAUCCCAAAAGUGUACUGUGAAACUUGAACGAUGUUCUAUUUUGUCGAAAAUUAAAAAAAAAUCUAAAGAAAAUUCAACAAUAAUAUUAUGUGAAUCUGAUAAAGACAUAAACUCUUGUACGUCUUCGCAACAAUCAUCUUUACAGGAACCUAUAGCUGACUAUAUAGAAAUAGAUGAUUUUUCAAAUGAAAGUGAGAUAAUUCAUAUUCUUCCAAAUGCGGAUGAGAAGAUAAAGUUAACUGAAAAUAUCGAUGACUUAAAAAAUCUGUUACUUCAAGAUUUCAAUGUUGAAGAUACCACAAUUAACUUACAAAAUAGUUUAAACGAACUAGCCAUUGCUAACUUACCACACAAAAAUAUAACAACUGACGGUAAUGAUGAAGAAAAAUCAAAACAAUGUCUUUUAAGGAUAGAUAAGUGUGAUGAACUUGUAGAAAAAAUGCAAAUUAAAAAAAAUAUGUGUUUUGUUAGUUUAGUUAGGUGUGAUGAUACUCUAAAAAACCUAGGAAAUAACUCACACUUGCUGUUAAAUAACUCAAAAGAAAAAUCAGAAAAUAUACUGAAUUCUUCUGAAGAGAGUAUGUCCAUUUUAGAUGAACUUUCGGAAAGAAGUUCAACUAUGAAGCGAAGUGGAUCAUUAUCAAUAUUAACCGACUUUUUGGUAUUAGAUGAAAGUAAGUCUAUUGAAGGCUCUGCACAAAUUCAAAAUCAUGAUCUCAUAUCAAUUGAUGCUGCACUGUUUAGUCAACAAACUCAAAAACAUUUAGAUAAAUGUAGUGCAGAUUGGCUAAUGACUAAAUAUGACUUACAUCGUUGUUAUCACAAAAAUGCACAUACUAUAUUUGGAAGUGAAUUCGAUGUCGAAAAUUUAAAAUACGACGACGUUUCAACUGAUUGUGAUAGCGAUUUUGAAAUCUCAACAUCAAUAAAUGUGGCGAAUAUCAAAAAAGAUAAUAGUUGUGUUCAAGAACAAAUAAAAUACGAAGUGCCAAGUCUUAUUAAAAUAAUUGUGAACUAUUUUAUCAAUAACAGCAAUAUAAUUGAGGAUUUGAGACCAAUUCGUCAAAAUAAUGAUACCCAGCCAAUAGCAAGUUCAUCUCCAUUAAAAAGAAAAUUAACAGGUGUCACUGAGAAUAAAAAUCGCAAUAAGAUUUUAAAAAUAGAAUAUAUUCUCCCACAGAGUUGCGAUGGAAUUAAUAAAAUUGAUUCUCAUAAUCAAGUAGUAUCACAAGAAGAAAGCCUUUCAUUAAUGAAAACCGUAGAUAUUAAAAAUUUUCAAAAUAAUGUGAUAGUCGAUAGAGAAAAAAUCGAUGAGGGUAUUUCCCAUAAAAAUAAUGAUGAAAUAUUAAGUUUGAAUGAGAUAGAUACAAAAAAGGACAGUGAUACGUUUAAUGACGAUGUUAAUAUGAGUGGUAAUGAAUUAAAUGUUGAUUUAAAUGACUCUGUUUUAAACACUCCAAACUAUCAUUUGAAUAUAUUUAAUAAAAAAAACUCAAGCAAAUGUUUUCAAAAAGAAAAGAAAACAUGUUUAACAAUAAACGCCAUCUCUCAACCUCCAAUGAGUACUGAAAAACCAGAUGAGCAGAUUCAAUGUCAUAAUGAAUCAAAACCAACAUCAAUUUUUACUGAUAACGUGAUUGAAACAAGAAAAACUUUCACGGAAUGUUCUGACGAUGAUGAUAAAAUUGAAGUCAUAAUACCAUUAGAAAAAUUUGAUGACGAAAACAUUCAAUCUUUGCCAUUAAAUUCAACUAAUUUUAGGUAUAACUGCUUAAGCGAAGAACCGACAACUGAUAAUAAAAGCAGAGAAACAAAGUUACAUCGAGUUGAGGGUAAUAAUCUCCAAGAAGUAAAUCGAAACACUGAUAAAAAUAUAAACAAAGGAGAUAUUAAAGAACCAGCUUCUAUUUCUGUUUAUAAAAAUGAUGUACAAACUACAAAUUGCAAUAAAGAGUUAGAAGAUAUUAUUCUAAAUAAAAAUACCGAAAUGUUUUGUGAAAUAAAUAAUUUACAAAAUCAAAUUGAUCAAGAAUAUUCAGUAAACGAGAAUAAGAAUAGAGAAAUUGAUAAUAUAAUACUUAAAAACAAAAAUAAUGAUGUCAUUGAUAAAGAGUUACAACAUAACAUUGACGUAGAAGACAGAGAUACUAAGACUUCAGUUGAUUGUAAACUUUUACAGAAUGAAUUGAUUACCAAAUCUUCAAAUAAUGCUUUACAGAAAAAUGUUACACUUGUUUAUAAAGGUGAUUCUAGCGUUGUUUUAAAAGGUUCAAUAUAUGAAGAUCCUGUAGUUGGUACAUGUUAUGUGUUCCCUAUAUUAAAUAAAACCUCAUAUGACGGUGAAAUUGCUUGCAGUAAUAUAUGUGACGAAAAAACUAUUAAUGUCAUUCAAGCUUUAAAAAAUAAAGUUGUUGAAGAUCAAAAUGACGAAUUUGAAGAAAGAGAAAAUUCCUAUAAUUUGGAUGUUACUGUACCAAAAAUUACAUAUUCAAGACAAAGAAUCCAAGACAAUAUUCUAAAACAAAACAGUGAAAAGUUAAAAAGGAAAACUUUAAAACGUAAAACUGAUGGCGGUGAUAAUAAGUUGAAUGAAAAAAGAUACCGAAAAGGCAAAAAUAUUGACUAUCCAAAGAUUACAGUUACCGCUAUGGCUGAGUCGUCCUAUACUAAAGAAUAUAAACGAUUAUUUAAUUAUUGUAGCUCUAUAAAAUUUUCAUUUUCACGGCCAUUUCAUAAAGAAUACGUCGACGUUUCGGGUGUACUUAAAUGUUGGCCUAUCAGAGAAACUGCUAUUGACGUUUCUGAAACAACUGAUGAUAAAAGUGUUCUAUUUUUAGAUGAAAAUGUUGAUAAAGAACGUCCCUAUGAUCCCCUACAACAAACGUUAGCUGAAGAAAUUUCUUCUAAGUACGUCGAGCAUCAAUUUUCUUGCGAUCAAAUUAAUGAAAACAAUUUUAGUAUGGGUUUUGGUGAGGGGUCCGGCAGAGUCAUAAAUAUUUCGGAAGAUGGAGAUAAUAUUUCAAAAUUUUCGGCUGCGACUCUGUCGGACGUAAAGCAAUCUCAGCCGUUUUUAUUGUCCGAGGACUAUGAGGAAAAUACUGACAAAUGUGUAGAAAUAUGUAAAUUUAAUAAAGACCAGUUUGAUAUUUUUAAACGUUACAUUUCAUACAUUCAACUGCGAGAUAAAGUGCGUUCAUUUUUUAAAAAAACAAGUUUAGAAUUGAAUUAUAAUUGGGUUAAAGACAACUUAAAAAAUACAUAUAAGAUGUCCAUCGAUAAUAAUAAGAGUAAUCACGAUUUUCCAUACGAUUUGGUUAAUCCAGAUUUUAUUAAACCUGCUCCAGUUGAAGCUGUUGUGCAAGUGGUUCAGGUAGGUCAGUUACCCGUCAGUGCAGCAGCCCAAAAUCCUGUUACAUGUGAUCCACGAGUCACACAAGUGACAGAUGCUAGUCCAUCACAGUGUUCGGUCGAAAAUAGCCCUCAAGAUGAUUCACAAUCACCAAUUAAGACUGAAUAUACUGAAUUAACUACUGCAGAUCUCAGUUUACCUUUAGUACAAGAAUAUGAAAGACAUAUGAAAUCCCAAGAAUCGUCGAAAAUACCAACUUGUAAUGAGAAUAUACCAGUGGAAAUGGAAGUAACGACUGAAGUCAAACACGAGGAAUUACCCAUUAUAAAAGAUGAACCAAACGAUUAUAAUGAUAAUGAUGAUUUACAAUCAUUAGUAAACAAACACAUAAAUAAUGUUGAGUAUUCAUAUGAUUCCAAUGCAAAUAAUUCGUCACUAGAAGCACAAUCAAAUAAUGAUAUGAUAUUUGAAACGUUAGAGAAACAUAACGCGGAAUUUAUAGCUCAGCAGAAGCAACAAAAUGGUUCUGCUGAAAAAACAGACCAAAUUGCUCAUGCCAUGAAUGCUGCUGGUAUAACAACUACAUCAGAAAUAAUUAGCAAUCAAAGAGGCUUAGUCAAUAUAAUGUCUCCGAAAAUGGGAUCAGAUGCUACUAAUCAUGUUUCUCAAACAAAUAAUUAUUCAAAGCCGCCUAUUAAUGCAAUAUCCCUGCAUCAGGCAUUGGCGCAAAUAUUACCGCCCCCAUUAAAUCAGACUAACUCACAGGAUAAUAAUCAAUCAGCCACUAAUUCGACAGCAACUUCACAAGUUUUACAUAUUGUACAAGGUAAAAAUACAAAUGGAAGCCAACUUACGUUAGUAGACAACACACAGAAUUCAGUAAUUAAUAAUUCUAAUACCUCGGUCUUACAUAUUGUUCAAAAUAAAGGAGCAAACACCAAUUGUACAUCAAAUACAAACGCUGGACAACAAUCCGCUACUUAUGGUGGAUUAUCAUUAGUAGAAACAGGUCUGCAACAGGGUAAUAAUCAGCUUCUUCAUAUCGUAAAUACUGGUAAUCAAAAAAAUCCUACUUCAGGCCAAUUGUUAAAAAGGGUGAAUCUUUUAACUAAUUUGUCAAAUGUGCAAGGAACUAAUGAUCAAAAAAUGGUCCAAUUUUUAUGUAAAGCCGCAGAUGGCAAAUCUAUACAGUUAAAUGCUUCACAUCAAAGAAGCAUGGUAUUACGAUUACAACCAAUAGAAUCGUCAAAUAUUCAAGUUAAUCAAAAAUCGGACACUCAAGAUUUAAGUCCUUCAGGAAAUACUAACAUAACAACAUCUAAUAAAGAGUCCGUUAAUGCCCAGCAUGAAAUAAAGUCACGAUCUGUGUAUGAAGAAAAUUAUGCUAAAUUUAUUCAGAGUUCCACAAAUAAAUCCUUACCGGAAAAGUCCACAAGCUUACCAAAAUUUAAUCAAGCUUUUGGGAAGCAAGUAUUUCAAGAUGGUAAUCAAAAAUCAAAUGACAUAAACUCGAAUACGUCUCAUUUACCAUCUGUAAAUUUAAAUACAGAAAAUCCUGAGUGUCAAUCCUCUGACUCUGCAUUGAAUUUGGAUCACAUAGGACAAAUGAACAGCCCACCAUUGCUUUUGAGAAAGACUACACCUCAAACGACACAAGCACCUUCGGCUCAACCUAAUUUAAUGCAACAAAUUAAACAAACUAUAUCUCCUAUGAAUAUACAAACAAUGCAUGGUGGUGUUAUUUAUACUCGUCAAAUACCCGUUAAUAUUGGCGGAGGACAAACAAUUAAUUUAAUAACAGUUCCUAGUACAGAACUAAUUGAUGAGAAUAAUCAAAAACAACAAAAUGAUGUUAAGUUUGUUAAUCAAAAUGAAAUAGAUUCACCAAUUAUAAAAAUUGUGCCUCAAAAUCAAACUUCUAAUACAGAUAGUAAUUCAGACGAAAGUUUGAGUCAUCUUCCGCCACCAAAUGAAAACUCACAAAAUACGCCAUCACAACAUCAGCCAGUUUUAACUCAAAUGCGAAUAAAAUUGCCAAUGUUAAGUAAAGCUCCUCAAAUGGUAUCUGGAACGAGAGUAGUACGGCCGUCGUUUUUUCAAAUUCAGCGGAAUGUGAUUGGAGGAGCCAAUCAACCCGUUUAUCAACAAUUAGUAUUAACAGCAGCGCCCCCUCUUGGUCAACAUACUAUUCGUUUACCGCAAACUCAAACGACUAGACCGGUAAAAGUUAAUUCCGAAAGCCAGUCUUCAACGGAAUCUCAAAUGAGUUCAUCUACCCUUGAACAGCUACGGGAAUUCGAUAUGGUGUUAGAACAAGUUAAGGAGAGAAGUACAGUUCAACCAAAUCCAAACGUAAACAAUACUUAUACAAAACUGAACACGCCAACAUCGGAAGCAACUGACCCCACACCGAUAACUUCGACCGUCACAGAAUCAACCCAACAAGUUUUAUAUUCCAUUGGGUCUAACCAAUCAGUUAAUGUUGCGUAUGUCAGCAGAAAACCUAACGCAACAACGCCCACGCAGUCAGCAUUUGUUAGAUCGCCAGAUUCAUCAAGUAUUAUUGAGUCUCCCUCUUCUUCAACACAAGUACAAAUACCUCAUACUGUUACUAGUGAAACGUCUUCUAGCGAGGGCACAACCCAGCCCAAUCAACAAAAGGCGGCGAAAGUAGGUUCUAAAUCAAAGUCAAGACCAAAAUCAUCACAUCCACCAAAUUCGCUAAAAAUAAAUACUGUUCCUCCAAAAACGUCAACUCAAAAGCCUCUUGAAGAUGAACAGACUACGCAACGUAUACUUUAUAUAUUAGCAGAAUAUAAAGAACAAGUAGAGAAUUCUCCUGAUAAAGAUAAACCAGCUCCUAGAAGAAGGUCCAAUCCACCUUCAAACCCUUCAGGAUCAUCAAAACGUAAAAAAAGCUCUAGUAGUUCUAGGCGACCUGGUGGUCGGGAUAUGAGUCCAGUACACGGUGAUGAGACGUGUCGUACAAUGGGAUCUGAAGAUAGUAGCUGUGGUACUUCACAAGGCGAUUGCACUGAGAGUUGCCUUGAGACUCAUUCACCUCAAGAUAGUCCCCGCAAAGUUGUUAGAAAACUUAGUUUUGAAAAUGAAACAAACCGACCAAGACCACAGCCUCAGCGUAAUGUGAUAGUUGCAGAUGGUCAAACCAUUACUGUUGCUAGAGGAACAGCAGGCAAACCUACCACAGCGGUUUUAAUGCCCGCGAAUUACAUUUUGCCCGUUUCAAUGGUUAAAGGUGGUCAGCAGAUUGCUAUAGUGACAAACCGUGGCCCGAAACUCUUAACGGUUGGCGGAGGUGAAGGUGGAGCUACCAACGCCCUUUUAUUGCAACGUCUUAUUGGGCCAGCUGGUCUGAAACCGGUUUUAGCUCGUCCAGGAGUCCGUCAUGUCCGCUUACCAACUGCAGCCCUUCACAAUCUCCAGGCUUUUAAUCUUGCGACGGCAACAACAAUCCGUCCGUCUGAUAGCACAGCUUCGGCGGCUUCGGCCCCAACUCCACCUGAACUUAUAGAAACUAGAGCCGCCGGCUCGCCCUGGACUGAUCGUGAGUCUCAAGAUAUAAAACCGGAACGCGGAUCCAGUCCUGAAGAUUCGGAGCCGUGGAAUCUACCAUCAUCCGCCGACCCUCAUGAUUACACCUACGAAGAAACAGUUCGGACAGACAAUAUGGACAGAACUGUUCUUGACGCGAUCCCAGAUCGAUACAGUCCCGAAAUGGAGGCGCAAAGGAUAUUUGAUAAGAUGUUCGACGUUGACUCGAAAAGGUCGUACAUCGUUGAUUCUCAAGACGAUACGUCCCGUUGCGCAUACGAUAUUGACGCGUCAGAUAGCGACGAUAAGGCCUACCACCAGGUGGUUCAGAGAAAAGACGGCAGUUCACAUCGCCAACAUCGGCUUACUCAUGUAUCUGCAGCAGCGCUAAGGCAUAAAUACGCUAUACUGGAACAUGAAUUACGAUUACAGAAAUCCUUAUCGGAGGAGUGUGAAGAUCUUGGCGUGGACUCUCCUUCCGCUUCCGAACUAUUUCCAGAAGCCGAAUUAUUGUUCGCCGCAUCACCGGCUCACGAUGCACCGCAACACUCUCAUACACCUCAGCCAACAAUCAUUAACCAAAGUGGAAUACCUCAACCGGAUAUAGAUGAUCAAAUAGCCACCGAUAGACUCCUACAUCACGAUGUAACUGAUGACCAGCAAGAUCUUGGAGUCACACUUGGGUUGGAUGAGGGUAUUGUUACUGUAAGCGAAGAUGGUAUGCAAGCGACAAUAGCAUUAGAUCAAGAAGAAUUUGCAAGAUCUCAUCCCAAUACAACUUUUCAUAGUGAACCCACAGAUGAAGGAGAGGUCCAACCAUUCACAAUAACUGGACUAAAAGGACGUCACAUAACAUCGACUAUAUUCCACGCUGGAAGAGCUCCAGCCACCGUGCUAGUAACCCCUCCUCAAACAACCGUCAUAUCGCAAGCAACACCGGACAACGCCCACAAUAACGUUAAAUUUGCGAACAUCAACCAAAUUAUCAAUUCCUCACCAGUGACACAUGGAAAUCUCAAUCUUUCCUCAGUACUGGUCAAAGACGAUAGACUUACGAAAUUCGACAGUAUACUCACGGAUUCAAGAGAACUGCAUCUUUCUCAUACAGCAUCAGCGAUUGUUCAUUCAACUGGAAAUGCGACUCAAGUUAUCAGGCGAGUGUGUUAUGAAGACGAUAAGAGAGAUACAAGAUUCCUAAUGGAUGAACCCGAAGCUCUUAUUGCUGGUGACGAUGCUAAAAUGGUAGCCGAAGAUAGCUCUAGAGACGCAACGCUCGAAUCUAUGGCCGGUGAAAUAGACGAUGGUAAUUCUUCGCCUGAAAGACACGCGGAAUUAUUUUGGGAGUCGAAUUCCGCUUCUGAAAGAUCAGAGAGCAGACGACCUUUGGAUUUCAGCAGUGAUAGCGAAAAGUGUUGCAAAAGUCCAUCAUAUGAUGAAACUAAUUCUACGGAUUCUAGCGGUGUGGGGACUCACAUGAGACUCGACUCAGUUAUAAAGGACGCUAGAGGGAUCGAGAGAAGCGGUAGUGCGGAAGGGUCUUCAGCUGAUGACACACAUCCGCCUUUACGCACUUAUCCUGCUAAACGGAUGUACCAUACAAUCGACAGAGAAAUAGAGAGGAGUAUGUCUGGAAAGACUAGAGCUGGUUUCCAGGAGGAGAGGUCAGAAAGCCUCGAAGUCAGGCGAAGGGCGUCCAAUAGGGGAGUGGUGAAACGUGGCUGCCAUUGCUGUAAUGGAUCCCCAGCGCCAUCUAGGCCGAAAAAAUCUAGGCAGAGAAAACCAACCAUGGACUUUACUUCCAAUUAAUGACUUACAGUGGUUAAUCGACUUUGAAUCGAGGGGAACUCCCAAGUUUCUAGUUAAAGUAUAGUGAUUAAUCGACUUAAAAGGCCGCGGGAAAGCCCCUUUCGCGCCAGACUGAACGCGAUCUCUUAAACAAUGAGGUUUCACUUAAGUGUAAUAUAUUAAUAAAUUGUUGAAAUUGUUUUGUAAAUAACAUUAAUCGAAUAGCUUUCGUUCAGAUUAAUAUGUGUAAUUUUUUUGUUAAAAAUUAUUAUAAUAUUAAAACUUUUCUUUUAGCUGU